CUGGCGCUGGUACAAGCUGUAGUUCAGGUUGUCUUGCACAUGACAUACUGACUAGUUCCUUCAUAUGCAACUUGUAAGAGCAGCUAACAGAAUGAAGAUGAACUCCAAUGACAGCAGCGAAUCAGAGAAUGAUACUGAGGAAGAGGAGGAGGAGGAAGAAGAGUUUGCAAAUGAACACAUUAAGAGACUGGGUGGAGGAAGUAAAGAUAUGCGGCAGGAUGGCACACUUCAGGAGGGAGCUUUUGAGACAGAGGACACAUGCCUAGGGCACAAGAGUAAACACAGUUCAGGUGGGAAAAGUGAUCUGGCGACGGUCUCACUGAUCGAUCUGGAAGAACAAAUGGCAGAAGACUAUGAAGCAGAGACCACUCCAAGAAAGAAAAAGAGAAAACACAGGCUGCUGUCUAUCAACCUGACCAACUGCAAGUAUGAGAGCGUGAGGCGUGCUGCCCGACACUGUGGUCUAAAAGAAGUGGGGGAGGAUGAGGAGUGGACGGUGUACUGGACUGACUGCUCGGUCUCUCUGGAGCGCGUCAUGGAAAUGAAGAGGUUUCAGAAAAUCAACCAUUUCCCGGGGAUGACAGAGAUCUGCCGGAAGGACCUGCUGGCCCGCAACCUCAACCGCAUGCUCAAACUCUUCCCCAAAGAGUACAGCAUCUUCCCCCGCACCUGGUGCCUGCCUGCUGACUAUGGAGAUUUCCAGGCCUACGGGCGCAUGAGGAAAAACAGGACGUACAUCUGCAAGCCAGACAGUGGCUGCCAGGGGAGGGGCAUCUUCAUAACCCGCAACCCAAAGGAGAUUAAACACGGGGAGCACCUGAUCUGCCAGCAGUACAUAUCCAAGCCCUUCCUUAUUGAUGGCUUCAAAUUUGACCUGCGAAUCUACGUCCUGGUCACAUCCUGUGACCCCCUGAAGAUUUUUGUCUAUGAGGAAGGGCUGGCCCGGUUUGCCACCAUGAGGUACAUCGAGCCCAGCAGCAGCAACCUGGAUGAUAUCUGCAUGCACCUAACCAACUAUGCUAUCAACAAACAUAAUGAAAACUUCAUCCGAGACGACAUGAUGGGCAGUAAGAGGAAACUGUCUACCUUGAAUGCCUGGAUGAUGGACAACAGCUGCAACACAACAGAACUCUGGGAAGACAUUGAGGACAUCAUUAUAAAGACCCUUAUCUCAGCCCACCCUGUUCUGAAGCACAACUACCGCACCUGCUUCCCCAACCACAUCACUGGCUGUGCCUGCUUUGAGAUUCUGGGCUUUGACAUCCUGCUAGACAGAAAGCUGAAACCCUGGCUGCUGGAGGUGAAUCACUCGCCCAGUUUCACCACGGACUCGCGCUUGGACCGAGAGGUGAAGGACGCUUUGCUCUGUGACACCAUCAAGCUGAUAAACCUGCGAGCCUGUGACAAGAGGAAGGUGCUGGAAGAGGACAAGCGACGGGUGAAGGAGCGACUCUUCCAGGCCCACCAGCCACCUCGUGAAGCCAGACGUGAGAAGUUAGAGAGCAGCCAGGCGGCCUGGCUGGCCCAAGCGGAGAAGUAUGAGAACACGCACCUGGGAGGGUACCGGCGCAUUUACCCCACGCACGAGACAGACAAGUAUGAGCCAUUCUUCAAGCACAGUGGCUCCCUCUUCCAGGAGACGGUGGCUUCCAAGGCAAGAGAGAAGUGUGCCAGGCAGCAGCUGGAGGAAAUUCGCUUGAAGCAAGAGCAACGAGAGGUUACUACUGGGAAGAAGAAAAAGGAGCGAAAGGAGAACCUGCAGGGAAAGUCCGCUGGGGAGAAAUCCCGCAUCCGCAGCAAGGCCAAGGCUCCUCCCACUCGCCUCACCUACAACAGAGCCAGGACCUGCGACAGGAAGGUGCAGCAGAUGGUGUUUGACUCCAUGCGGCCCCAGGAGAUAGUGGAAGAUGAGGAAGUAGAGAGGAUCAAGGCUCUUCUGCAGCGCGAAAACCUCAUACGGGGUCUGGGCAUCGUGGAUCAGCUCUCUCGGCUGCUUCACACAACUGAGCCCAGGCCUGUGGAUGUCCACAGGCCCCACAUCAAUAUCUCCGAGAGCCAGCCGCGAUUCCUUCAGGACGUGUUUGGGGAACGGGAGACACAGAGUUUAAUGACCCUCGUCCCCCUCUCGCUCCUGGGAGGCACAGUCCGGGAGUUAGGACAGCAGAUCACGCAGCAGCCUGCGGCCAGGGCCCGGAUGCUGGGCAACCAGGGCUUCAUUCCCACCCUCCUGGGUACCCUGUCAGGCAUGGGCCAGAGCAUCCCCUACCCUGCACAAUAUAAGCCACAUCAUGGCCUGCAGCCGCAGAAGAACAUGAGCUGGUUAGGAAACCACGCUCUGGGGACACCGAUGGUCAGCAAGCCCUGUGCUCUGCCAAAAAUACUGAAGGUGGAAGGCCGGAGAUUCUCCAGCGCCAGAAACAAGGUCGAAAGCCAUGCCCAUGCCCCCAGGCAGCCCCUCCACGUGGCCAGUGGUUACGCCGACUCUCUGAGCUACCUGGCUCAUGCUGGCAAGGCUCCAAAUCACACGUUCCCCUCAGUGACAGACUCCCUCAGCCGUGCUGCAGCCCAUGAGCUAGCCAUCAACUCUGCCUCUGCUCCCAUCGUCCAGCGCUCAGACACCUCACACCGUGCCAAUGCCAUGUCCAUUCUCCACUUCAACCACCACAGGAAAUGGACCUGAACCUUGGCCAAACAGUCUCUGGGGAAGAAAGGGACAAUGGCCUUGGGAAUCCUGCAGCCACAGGUGAUGGCUGUGCCAAAAGACUUGCUUUCUUGUGCGUGGAAGGGAGAAAAACCUCCAAGGGGCCAGGCAGAGGGGGAGACAAGGGAGACAGUGACCCCAGGCCUGCUGUGGUGACCUGGCGGCUAGCGAUGAGGACACCAGUGUCUGCUGCAGAUAAGGAGCCUUCUCAGUGAGGGCUGAACACUUCAGACACUAUUUAGUGAGCGCUCUAGAGUCACAUCUCCACUGGACAGAGCUGUUUUCCAACAAUGCUGCGCAAAGGAUUUUGUUAAUAGUAUUUGGCAGCAUCCUCUCCAGCCAACUUUGUCCUGUAGCUGGGAUCCCCAGCCUGUAACUGCAGCCUCUCCCCCACACCUACUGAUCAACUGCAACAGGAGGGCAGGGCUUGUUUCCUUCAGGGCUGCAAGAGUUUGUUCUUUUGUAUCUGUCUUAGUAAAGGUUUAUAUGGUUUUACAAUUCCCUGUCAGUCUGUCCUUCUGCCUGUGACCCCUGCAGCAUUGCAGCAGAUGGAGACUGGUUUUCCCUAGCAAGCCCUGGCUCUGGGAGGUGCUGUCUGAUUCCUCCCUCAUGGGCCUAGAGCCCACAGACCUUAGCAAAGGAACCUGCUGGCCUAUAUGUUGUUCAGGGCUCUCACAGUGCCUAGCUGCAGGAAGCAGCAUAUGAGGAUCAAAACAAAGCAGUUGCUUGUUCUACUAAAUCCUUUCAUUCCCUCCUGGGGCGAGGGGCCGAGUGAGCACGUAGCAACAGGCACUCAGUGAGUUCACAGGAACUGACAAAUAUCAGACUGGCUCAGACCCACAAUCCAGCUAGUCCAGGAUCCUGUUUCCAAGAGUGACUAGUACCAGAUGCUUGAGAAGGUGAAGAACCCCUCAGGAGGCAGAUGUAGGGUAAUCUGUCCCAUCUAAGUUUUAGUCCAAUCCCUGGUCAUGAAAGGUUGUUUUAAACUAUGAAGCACAAGGUUUAAUUUCCCUGCCAAAAUAGUUGUUAAUGAUAAUAGGAUAUUCUGAUCAGCGGUUGUGUGAAAAGUGUUUCCUUUGAUUGGCUUUGAACUGCCCACCCUGCAAUGUCAUCGUGUCCCCAUUUUGUGACCAGAUGCUGUCGAUCUCCCUGCCCUAAACCAGUACCUACUUUAUAGACCUUUAUCACGUCCCCUUUUAUGGGCUUCCUCUCUGGGGCAAGAAUCUGUCUUCACAGGAGAGUUUCUCCAGGCCCCUAACUGUUCCUGUGACACUUUUGGGAGCCUCUCUCGUCCUGCCAGCUCCCUGCUGACAGGGGUGGGGUGACCCCUGCUGGCACAAGAUCCAAGUGAGGCUACCUUGUUCAUUUGUACAAUGGCACCUAAUAUUUCGUAUGCUCUUUG